UGAAAUAACUUGAAAAUUGGUCAAAAAAGUUCAACAUAAAAAGGAGUUUGAACAUUUGUAUUAGCGCGUUUUUGUGUGAAUACCUUGGGCUUACCAUAUGAUAGAUCAUUUUUGAUGCAGAUAAUGAAGAUGUCAGAUGGAUGACAAACCUAUGUUAAGAAGUCUCAAUGACUUACCCUUUAUAAAAAUAAAUGGUAGUUGCUGGAUUGAAUGUGAAAGACUUUCAACUUUUCUUCAAAACAGUAGGGGUGAAAAUGAACCAAACGUCAAUUAUAGUAACAUACUUCGUGACUAAAGGAGUUACAAAGCCGGGAUUUCUGAAUUUAAAGGGAAAAAGAUUGUCAGUGCUUCGUCUGUGUUGAAAUAUUUAAUCAAAUUGUCUGACAAAUACUUAGUGUGCGAAACUGUUCUCAGUGAAUUAACAGACAUAGUAUUUAACUUUCAACAAAAAGAAAAUAGGAAUAUAUUCAAUGUUGUUGACCUGUACAAGGAAAUAGCAAAGUAUGAUUUAUGGUGUGAAGAUCUGUUGUUAAAUGUUAAUAUAAAACACAGCUAUACCCUGUACACUGAUUAUAAAAGUCAUUUCAAUGAGCUUGAAUGGAAAAAGAUUUGUUACUUUGAAUACCAUUUUGGUAGGGGACGCAAAACAAUCCUACAAUACGAAGAAGAGUUGCAAGAAAAAUGUGUUUUCCUUCAAAGUCUUAAAAUUUCAAAAAACACAGCAGAAGUUUCACAACAAAAGUGUGAACAGACAAUCCAAACUAACAAUUUGCGAAAGUCAGCAGCGGAUGCUAUCCAUGGACAAAACUGCGUACACAAUGAUGUGACACAUUCUUAUAUACAACUUGAUAAAACUUUAAAUGCUUGUUUAGAACAAUACUUGUCUGGGAAAGGCAAAUGUGUAUGCAUCAGCUGCAAUAAUUCAUGUGUUCACCAAGGAGAUAUUCAUGUUGUAGUAGAGUUGAAGACUUGUUCGAAUGAAACAUUUUCAGAAAUAGCAAAUUUGCUUUCAAUUGAACUUCAAGGAAAGCAUAAUCUGAAAUCAACUACAUUUGUCUUUGUGAAAGAUGGAACUUUGGACAGUUACAAGUGCAAAUAUUGUGAUGAAGGCAACUCCCAUCGAUUUCAGUUGCAGCGUGACUUGAAUUCCAAAACUCAAGAAUUUGUGAUUGGUGGCGCAACAGUUACUGAGCUGCAGUACAAUGACCCGGAACUUUUGCAAGAAGUUCCACAUCUUCAGAUGUGUGCAGAGUGUUUUAGCAGCAUAUGUCAUCACUCUGCAGAUGCACUUGACUGGCGGUCAUUCGAUGUCGUGACAGAAUGGCUUCAUCAUGUACCAAUUGAAAUCCAGUUAUUUUUCUCCACAUGGUUUGUGAACAAAAGAAGCAUAAAGAAAAGCAGAACACCAAGUGAAUAUCUUCAAACAAAGACAACAAAGCUGUAUGCCCUCUUUGAUGCUGGUCUAUCCCUCCUCAAUAGGAAUUAUCAUGGUGUCAUUCAGCAGCUUAAUUCGGAAGAUCUACUUAUAAACUACCAUUCACUGACGACAGUUUUUGACAUUACAUCAAGUUUUGGUUGUACAUAUAGCCUCAAAACUGCAGAAAGAUGGCUUAAAAUGGCAUCUGAUCCUAAUGUUUCACACUUUGAAACAUUCAUUAAUCGCUAUCCGUUGACGUAUCAGACACACUUUGAGACCAAAGCAAGAACACACAACGUUAGUCUUCAAGAUUGUUACUUAGUGUUCUUCAUGGACAAUCUGGUGCGUUUGACAACACACGAAGAUCCUGACCCUGGUAUGAAUAGAACCUCUCAGGUGUGCACUCUACCAUUGACAUUCAAAGGUUUACCACGUAACAACAUAGUUACAGAAUCAUGGCAUUCUGAGACGUGUGAAGAUCUUUCAAGUGAGUGCAAGUGUAUGGACUCCAUUCACCUAUCGAAAGACGACUACAAGCUUCUAGUGGAAUGUUCACCAGCAGAAUCUCUUGCUUGGCAGAUGUUCAGCUGUCAACUGACAUGGGGGCUUGUGAAAAGGUCUUCGACAGAUGGUGUUCUUCCUCAGUUCGUGUCAGAAGGCAAGCAUACAAAAGAAAUGGAAGAAGAAGAUGAAAUGAUGAUAAUUGCUGAUGAAUCAACAUCAAACUGUAAAGGAACCCCAAAAAGUCUGGAAGCCAGAAAGGGAAAGGGACUUCAUACGUCCCAUCCCAAUAUCCAUGACGUCAGAGAGGGAUAGGGACAUCACACGUCCCAUUCCAAGAACCAGGACACCAGAGAGGGAAAGGGACACCAUAUGUCCCAUCCCAACAGUAAGGAAAGUCAGCAUACAUGAACCAAGAGAGUCUGAACAAAUUAGAUCCUACUCAGAUGUUUGCAGAUCGAUAAGUGUCAGGGAACGUCAUUCGGAAACGUCUGUUACAACGUACUUGGAUUUUAAUAGGAGCUAUCAAUAGCAGAGACAUUAUGCAAAACUGAGUGACGAGUUUGACAAUAUGUGACCACUUUUAGUAUACAUUUAAAAAGACAAUAAUAUAAUUAUGAAUGUUACUCUGUCGGAUGAAAUGAUUGCUAAUUCGUUUUUCAAGACACGUGUAGACACACAGCGAACUUUCAGUGUAAAUAAAUGUUUUUCUGUUUGAUGAACUGAAAUUUUAAGAAGAUGUGGAUCGUGUUUAGUAUUAAGAAACAUCUGGAUAUUACAAAGUGUGAUAUACUGUACUUUGAAGGAUACGUAAGUGUUGUAUAGUAUGAAGAAAGUACAGAUAUUACAAAAAUGUGAUAAACUGUACUUUAAAGGAUACAUAAAUGGUGUAUAGUGUUAAGAAAGCAUGGAUAUUACAAAAUGUGAUAAACAGUAUUUUUAUUAAAGGGUACAUAAAUGGAGAAAAAAAGCAUGGAUAUACCAAACAUGUGAUAUACUGUACUUUUAAGGAUACAUGAAUGGUGUAAAGUAUUACGAAAGCAUGGAUAUUACAAAAAUGUGAUAAACUGUACGUUGAAGGAUACAUGGAUGGUGUAAAUAUUAUAAAGUUUAAUAAGAAACAAUGGAUACUACAAAUAUUUGAUAGACUGUUCUUUGAUGGAUACAUCGGAGGCAGAAUGUUUAAUUAGUAUUAAGAAACUAAAAAUAUUAUGAAAAUGUGUUUUUAACAGACUGGGUUCAAUCACUAAAUAUAUCCCGAUCGGGCUAUAGUAGUAUUUCUUUAAAAUGUACAUUUUUGUUAGUUUAGCUUUCAAUAAUGAUUUCACUUAACAACUAUUUUACCAUAAAGCUAACACCAUCUGAUCAGUUUGAAAAUAAAAGGGCACUUUAAAAGGGAGAAAAAGAAUCUGCCCCAUGUCGGAUUCGAAUCCAUGUGGCAUCAGGUAUUGACUGACAAUGAACGUUAUGCUAACUUACGCGUUCAAACACGUUUCUAUCAAUAUUUCACAAAAAUAAAAUAAUGGUUAUAAUAGUCUUAAUGUUACAAUAUCUGGAUUGAUAAUGUAGAGGUAAAUAUAUUGAUCUAAAUUGCGCAAAAUCUUGAG